UAAUUCUUGAUAUAAUCUUAAAAUUAUAUAUUGACGAUUUAUUUUUACAAUAAAAAUUUAUAAGUCACAUAUAUAAUAUAUUGACAGAUAUUGGAAGAUGUUAACUAAGGCGCUCGCGAAACUUUGUGUUUUAAGUGAACUAUCAUUUACUUUGCAACAGCUUGCUCAACUCGAAAGUUACAUAUAUUGUAGGUCUUCCUAGCGGCUCUCGCACCUGGUGGUAAGCCGAUCCGUACUCGAUUUGGCAUAUCGAGUUACCAUAGUGUUGCGCACUGCGGCCUGGUAAUUCUCAUCACGAUGAACGUAUCGCAGUGAGAGGCUCCGCAGUAUGACCCGCGAGAAUAUUCCGUUGUGCUAUAGGGAUGCGAAUUCGGGAUUAUCGCUAUUCUUCGCCACUCUGUGCAUUGUCGACAUUUUCGGCGUGUUCCCGAUAAUCGCGUUACCGCGCUCAAUCGUCCAAUGUGGACUGUAUGGAAUUCCUCUGGUGCUCAUUGUCUUCAGUUUGCAAAUUUAUACGGCUAUUCUUCUGGGAAAAUCAUGGAUCAUCGCGAGUACUUUGGAUCCACAAAUUUCACGAAAAAAUCGCUACCCUCUCGCAGCUGUGACGGAAUUGACAAUGGGACCACGCGCACGAUCCAUCGUCACUCUGCUUUUAGAUUUGACAGUUUUCGGUUGUGGAAUUCCGAAUUUGCUAGUUGCUUCGCAAAAUCUGCAUCUAUUCGGUUUCAAAAUAUCAGGACAGCAUUUCGAUCUCUCUUUCUGUUAUUGGCUGCUAAUAGUCGGUGUUUUACUUUGCCCAUUGAUGUGGCUGGGCAGUCCACGAGACAUGAAAUGGGUGGCAACGUGCUCCAGUAUUACGGUUAUUUUAACAGCAAUAUUAAUUUGGUGGAGUAUUAUAACUGACGAUCGAACAUCAUCUUUUGCACCAGUAGUCACUUCACCGACGUGGGAUAAAUUUAUUUCCGGAUACGGCAUGCUGGCCUUUCAAUUCGACGUGCAUCCAACAUUAAUGACGAUACAAGUUGAUAUGCGUCAGCCGCGAGACAUCGAUAGAGCCAUAUUUUUCUCUUUCUUAACAAGCGCAUCUUUAUUCGCCGUUACCGUUUGCCUUGCUAUCUGGAAGUACGGUAGUAAUACAACGGCCAAUAUUCUCGAAGUUGUGCCAUCAGGAUCAGUUGCCGACAUCGCUGUUCUCCUAGCUGCUCUUCAAUUAUGUUUCUCCAGCGUAAUCGGUUACUCGGCGCUCUUCCAGCAUCUGGAAGAUCACUGGAAUGUGCGGAGAACGUUUGGAUGGAAACGAUGCGUCAUGAGAUCAGCGGUGGUUUUACUUAGUGUAGCCGUGGGUGAAUCGGUAUCACGAUUCGAUAUCGUUAUGACUCUCAUCGGUGGAUCAUUAACUGGAUCGUUGGUCUUCGUGUUACCUCCUCUCAUAUACAGCCGAAUCUUGAUUUUAAAAGACAGGUCGACUCAAACAUUAACCAGCGAAGAAAAGAUUUAUUUGGGUUCUCGCAAAAGGCUUGACAACGAAGAGCAAUGCUCGACGGAUUCCAGAGCUCAUUCGCGUUCGAUUUAUUACGGUUUCCUGAGUGCCACUAAUAAUCCUCGCAGCUACACGUAUCUCUAUUUUGAUGACUUGGACGACGAAAUGAAUUCAUGCUCGAGCGAAUGUGUCGAUUGCUACGAACACAAAGGAAAGAAAAAAGAUACUAUUCCGAUGAUGACUACUCAUCGAGAGGAUCAGCCGCUUCUCAUUGAUGCAGCGGAGCCAACUACAAGUCGAACUACAAAAUCUACAAAUGAUCUGCAACAAGAGAUUGCGGAAACGACUCCGAAGAAGAAAAAGUUAUGGGUUCUCGAGAGGGUGAUUAAUUAUCUCGGCUGUUUUAUAGUGACGAUUGGCAUAGCAAUCACAUUAUCUUCCACAUACGUCAAUAUCUGGAAUACCAUACGUUACGUGCGUUUCACGCCGCCAUGUAUUAUCAAUGCCACCGCAAAUUAAGUUUCUGUAUCAUAAUUUAAUUUUACUACAUAUGCAAUUAGUAAUAUACCCGUAUAUUUUUAAAGAUUCAUUACAAUUUAUCAAAAAAUUAUUG